GCUGACAGUGCAACAUGAGGCGAAGAGCGAGCAGGCAACUGAGUCCCGCGGGGGAAAGCGCCGCGACUUGCAUUGGGAUUUUGCUACAGUGAAAGGAACUAGCCUCCCUAAGAUCGUCAUGGGGAGGAAAGGCUAAUCCUACAUGACUCGUGUGCGGUUUCUCACAGAAGGCGUGCAACAAAUGGCAGCCAGAUCUUUAAUCCAGGCUGCAGUGGCGGCGAUAGCAGCUCCCAGGUGAGGCGCAAGACUCCAGUUCGCGAGCUGCGGCUCUCCAUACUUGCCUGCUUGCCUGCGCCUCGCCUCCCUUCCUCCUUCUGAGUCAUCCCGCUGCAUCUGGUAAGGUGCUUGAACUCCCUGCCUUGAAUGCCUCGGGUAGGCUAAUCAGGGAGUCAACUUCAUGCCCGGAUCUGCUGGCCAUAAGAUAUGAGAUGGCACCAUGUGAUUCACUCAGCAAGAUCUCUUUCUACCUCUUUGACAGAAAAAAAGAGCAAAUUAAGAAGCUUCCUUCCAAUCCCUAAGGCACUUCAUCAAAGUAACUGAACUACAAUAAGUUGACAGGAAUGUCCUUUUAAAAAGCAAACCAACCAUGAAGAUGUCUAUAUACUAACCUGUUCUUGACUUCCAUUGUUGGUGAGAAUGAGGUUGCAGUUUUGUUCCUGAGACACUUUGCUACCACUGUUGGGUAAAUGAGAAGCGGUUGGGUGAUUAUGCUGACAUUCCAGCAUGCAUUUGGUAGACCUGUGGUUAACUCGCUCCCUCUCCAUGUGUCUGCUUCUACAAAGCUUUGUCCUCAUGAUACUAUGCUUUCAUUCUGCCAGUAUGUGCCCCAAAGGUUGCCUUUGUUCUCAUUCUGGAGGUUUGAAUGUCAGCUGCAGCAAUGCGAACCUGAAAGAAAUACCCAGAGAUCUUCCUCCUGAAACUGUCCUCCUCUAUUUAGACUCCAAUCAGAUUACAUCCAUCCCAAAUGAGAUAUUCAAGGACUUGCACCAAUUGAAAGUCCUCAACUUAUCCAAAAACAUCAUUGAAUUCAUAGAUGAGCACUCCUUCAAAGGGGUGGCAGAAACCUUGCAAAUGCUAGACUUGUCAGACAACCGGAUUAAAAGUGUGCACAAAAAUGCUUUUAACAACUUGAAGGCUAGGGCUCGAAUUGCAAACAACCCUUGGCACUGUGAUUGCACCCUUCAGCAAGUCUUGAGAAGCAUGGCUUCCAACCAUGAAACAGCCAACAGUGUCAUCUGUAAGACCUCCGAUUUAGAUGAACAUGCUGGGAGGCCAUUUCUCAAUGCAGCUGAUGCUGACCUAUGUAAUAUUCCUAAAAAGACAACAGAUUAUGCCAUGCUAGUCACCAUGUUUGGCUGGUUCACCAUGGUGAUAUCCUAUGUAGUUUACUAUGUGCGGCAAAAUCAAGAGGAUGCACGCCGGCACCUGGAGUACUUGAAAUCUCUGCCAAGCAGGCAGAAAAAACCAGAUGAAGCAGAUGACAUUAGCACUGUUGUAUAAUGAGCCCAAACCCUGUGACAGACUGAGGUAGCCAUUAGGUAUGGAGAGCACGGAUACCAGCUGUUUCCUUCUAACAUUCGUGGUCAAUAUGUUAAAGACUUUUUCCAAUUAAACUGAAUUCUGCCACUGUCAACCUUUCUUAAAAAAAAGAUGUCUGUUUUGGGAUAAUAACAGUACUCUUUUAUUAUUUCUCUGGUGGUAUUCUAAACGAAGUGAACUAAAAUGUAAACAUUAGUUUAGACUCAUUCCACUCUUUAAUAAUGAAAUUUAUUUUUUUAAUUUAAAACCAAAUAAAAGCUAAACUUUGAACCAUGUAAAUGCAGAGUAAUUUAUUGACCCAAAGACUGCCUUAUAAGCUUGUUUGGCUAUUGCUAUGUGGACAGAUCACAGAUUUACACUGAUCAAAAAGUGAUUUUGAAUCAGGCCAAUUCAAAUUUCCCGAAAUUG